ACAGGUUUCAGCGGACCUUGCAGACUAAGACAAGAAGAAGGAUCUUGUAUAUUAGUAUUAUAUAUUUACAUAUAAGGCUGCUGCUUUUUUCCAGUGAAAACUAUUCACAAGAGAAAUAUAUAUAUUGUUGUUGUUUGUUGCCAUUGAGUGAGUCCUUUCCAACUCAAGGUGACCCCAUGUGUGCAAAGUAGAACUGCUCCAUAAGAUUUUUAAGGCUGUGACCUUCGGGAAGCAGAUUGCCAAGUCUGUCUUCCCAGACGCCUCUGGCUGGUUCAGACUGCCAACCUUUUGGCUUGUAGUUAAGCAUAUAACUGUUUAUGCCUCCCAGGGACUCCAGAGAAAUAUAUACUAACUACUUUUUAACUGUCUUUGAAAGGAAGUGUAGUAAAAGGGUAAAAUAUUUAGCUACUGUUAAGAAAAAUUAUCUAAAACUUGAAAAUCAAAACAAUGCACAACAUGUUCUUUUAAUGCCAUAUUGGGGGUAUUGUUUAACAGGCCUACCCUAGGGAUAUUUAAUUUUAAGUCUAAUUCCUGUGUUUGACCUUGCUAUUUACUAUUUGGUUAGAACCUAGAUGCUAUAAAGUUACAUAUCUUGUUGAUUUUUGCCCAGUGGAAAAAGUAACCCCAAAGUUUUUGGUUUAUGUCCUGUGGGACAUUAACUAGUUUUUUAAAUCUAAUCUAGUAGUCUUAUUCUAAUACUGUUUUUUCCUUAUAUUGUUUUUAAAAUGACUUUCCUGUUGGGCUGUACAGUUGGCCCUCCAUAGCUUGUGGGUUCCUCAUCCCUGGAUUCAGCUAACUGCGAAUUGAAAAUAUUUGGAGGAAAAAAAAAAAAGUUCCAAAAAGCAAAACUUGAAUUUGCCCUGUGCAGAGCACUAUGCUGAAUCCUCACGAAUGAAGUGGUAUGUAGGCAUCUUCUGCUGAGGCCUCGUACCAUUUCACAGAUCCUCAGUCUCUCCAGCACUCAUUGUUUGAACAACUUCGCCUUGAUUCAUUUGCUGCUUGUGUUGUGUGCACCCUUUGUUUCUGUGAAAAAAUGGCUCCUAAAAAGCAAUUAAGUGGUCAAAGCAGUCACUCAAAGGCUGAGAGGGAGUAUAAAGUGCUAUCUUGACAAGAAAAUUAAAAUCUUAGGUAUUUUGGAAAGUGGCAUGUCACCUGUAGAAGUUGGCUGUAAGGUCAGUAAGAAUGAAUUGAGCAUUUGCAUGAUAAAGCAGAAGGAAGCUGAAAUUCAUGGAAGUGUUAGUGUUGCCCUUAAAAAGGCAAAAAUGAUCUCUCUGGUUCCUGAUAAAGUGCUUGCAAAGACUGAGAAAGCGUUAAGUAUUAAGCAUAAGCAUUAACAACUAUUUACAUAGUAUUUGCAUUGUAUUAGGUAUAAGCAAUCUAGAGAUGAUUUGAAGUAAUGAGAGAGUGUGAGUAGGUUAUAUGCAAAUACUACACCAUUUUAUAUAAGGGACUUGAGCAUCCUCAGAUUUUGGGAUCUGCAGGGGGUCUGGGAACCAAUCCCUUGUGGAUAUCGAGGCCUGUCUGUAUAAACUUGUUCCACAAAUGCUCUUGGAACCAGCUUUGCCACCUUACUGGUUCCCUCAUUAAUUAAUAAGUUGAAUUUUUGACCAAUGUCCAUUCUAUAUUAGUAUGAGAGCCAUUUUUUUUGCCUUUUUGAAAUUCAUAUUUUGACACUACAUUACUAUUUCUGUUCUGCACCUCAACACUACACCUAGGUUUGGCAUUCUAGGGCAUACAAAGCAAUGCACCAAGGUUCCAAGAUUUUAGUGAAUGGAAGUUAUUAUCCUAAUUUCUACUGUGUUUCUUCAGAGAAAGUUUAUAAUGUAAAUCUAGAUUUUAAUAAUUAAAAUGUAGUAAUAAAUUACAUCUAUUUUUUUUUUCCAGGCUUCUGCGUGUAAAACGGUUACUAUGGAGAAAACAACAUUUGAGAAAUUUUUCUGUUGCAGAUGAUAGAGGGAGAACCAAUACUUCGAAGUACAUUCUUUUGUGUGUAUCUCAUUGUACUGUUUUUAAUAAUUAAACUUGGUAAUGAAGCCACCAUUAUGACCUCAGUCAGUGAAAUAAAUGUUGAUAUCAAAGAUUUCCUAAUGAGCAUUAAUUUGGAGCAGUAUCUCUCACAUUUUCGUGACUUUGGUCUUAAUACUGUAAAGGACUGUGCAGCAAUAAAUGACAGCCUGCUACACAAAAUUGGAAUAUCACCUACAGGACACCGUAGGAGAAUACUUAAGAAAUUACAGAUAAUCUUAUCAAAAAUGCAAGAUACCCCGAUAUACGCAAAUGUUCAUAAAACAAAGAAUGAUGAGACUUCAAAGGAUAGCCAUGCUCUGUCUUCUGAGCAGAAUUCCUGGAUAGAACUUUCAGAUUCUGGCAGUGCUCAAACUACCAGCCCAGUGCACUUGGAGACUGUUACAAAGAAUCUUGAUCAAAAUGAUGUUAGUGUAGACAGAAGUAGCCAGUCUCUUAAAUUAGAUAAGUUGUCUCUUCCUGCGCACAACUUCCCCAUUCCAGGAAAAGAACCACACCGGAAUUUGAAUUCUUUUCAAGAUUCUUUUCUUGGUGGUGAAAAUUUUAAAACAGAAUCUCUGAUUACAAAGAAGACUGUGGAUUGUACCAUCAAAGAAGAACAAACAGAAAAAGUUGAUUUGAUGUCAGAAAAUCUUAGCAAGCUUCCUAAUUCAGAUCCUAAUUGCCUGUCUUCCCUUGGCUGUUCAAUACUGGAAGCAAGUUCUGGAAAUGGAACUAAUGGUUUAUUAGCAGAGUCACCACCAACCCCUUUCUUUCAGUUUCAAGGAGAAAUGGUUGUAAAUGAUUUGUAUGUUCCAUCAUCACCAAACUUAGCACCUGUGAAAAGUCGUAGCAAGUUGGUUUCAAGACCAUCCCGAUCUUUCCUGCUAAGACAUCGGCCUGUACCAGAGAUUCCAGCGUCAACAAAAGGAAUUUCAGGAAGCUACUUCCGUGAGAGAAGAAAUGUUACUACCUCAGCUGGAAAAUUUGUGGCCCAGCAAAAUUCAAAUGAGGAGAAUUCAUCUUCCAUUUUCCCUUAUGGAGAGACUUUUCUCUUCCAGAGACUAGAAAAUUCCAAGAAGAAAUCUAUAAAGAAUGAAUUUUGGACCCAUGAAGAAGCACUUAAAGGGGAAGCAGCUACUGAAAGAAUAUAUGAUAACAGGACAGAGAAAACAAGUGAAGACAAAGUGGAAGAUAUUUGGAUACCUCGAGAAGACAAAAAUAAUGUUCCAGUAGACUCUGCUUCUGAAUCAGAAUACUCAACAGUAGAAGAAUGUUUUCAUAGUUUAAGAAGAAAAACUUCAAAGGCAUCUAAAUCUAGGACUCAAAAACUAUCAAAUUUGGACACUCUUACUAGGCGCAAUUAUCCAUGUAGCUCACUAAGUGGAAAUGCUGAUUCAUCAACCAUGGCCUCAUGUGCAAUAUCACCUUAUGCCUGUUUUUAUGGAUCACCUGCAGUGAAGGUUAAAUCUGGGUGGCUGGACAAACUCUCUCCUCAGGGAAAGCGCAUGUUUCAGAAGAGAUGGGUGAAAUUUGAUGGCCUGAGCAUUUCUUAUUACAAUAAUGAGAAGGAGAUGUAUUCAAAAGGAAUAAUUCCCCUUUCUGCUGUAUCUACAAUAAGAGUUCAAGGAGACAACAAGUUCGAAGUUGUUACAACACAAAGAACUUUUGUUUUUAGAGUAGAAAAAGAAGAGGAGAGAAAUGAAUGGAUCAGCAUACUGUUAAAUGCACUGAAAUCGCAGUCCCUUACCCCGCAGUCUCAAACAGUUGCUGCACCUGAGAAAUUUGGGUAUCUUGAAUUGAGAGGCUAUAAAGCCAAAAUCUUUACUGUGUUAAGUGGAAACAGUGUGCGGCUUUGCAAAAAUGAGCAGGAUUUUAAGAGUGGGCUUGGUAUUACCAUAAUUCCUAUGAAUGUAGCAAAUGUAAAGCAAGUGGACCGAACUGUGAAACAAUCUUUUGAAAUUAUCACUCCCUAUAGGAGUUUUAGCUUUACAGCCGAGUCUGAAAAAGAGAAACAAGAGUGGAUUGAAGCUGUGCAGCAAUCGAUAGCAGAAACUCUCUCUGAUUAUGAAGUAGCUGAGAAGAUUUGGUUUAAUGAAUCCAACAGGAGCUGUGCAGAUUGUAAAGCCCAGGAUCCUGACUGGGCAUCUAUCAAUCUCUGUGUUGUCAUCUGUAAGAAGUGUGCAGGACAACAUAGAUCUUUAGGACCUAACGAUUCCAAGGUUAGAAGCCUAAAAAUGGAUGCUAGUAUUUGGAGCAAUGAACUCAUUGAGCUUUUUAUAGUCAUUGGAAACAAAAGAGCAAAUGACUUUUGGGCUGGUAAUCUUCACAAGGAUGAAGAGUUACACAUGGACUCUCCAGUAGAAAAGAGAAAAAACUUUAUCACUCAGAAGUAUAAAGAAGGAAGAUUCAGAAAAACCCUUUUGGCAUCUCUCACAAAAGAAGAAUUAAAUAAGGCUCUGUGUGCUGCUGUAGUGAAACCAGAUGUUCUGGAAACAAUGGCUUUGCUGUUCAGUGGAGCAGAUGUUAUGUGUGCAACAGGAGACCCCGUGCAUAGCACCCCCUAUCUGCUGGCCAAGAAGGCUGGGCAGAGUCUGCAAAUGGAAUUUCUCUACCAUAACAAAUUCUCAGAUUUCCCACAACAUGAUAUUCCUUCUGAGGGUGGAUUAAGUCAUGAAUUCGUCCAGUCCACCUUUCUUUGUGACUUUUUGUACCAAGCUCCUUCUGCUGCUUCUAAACUCUAUUCAGAGAAAAAACUGCUUGAAGAGACAAAUAAAAAGUGGUGUGUUUUGGAAGGAGGUUUUUUGAGUUACUACGAAAAUGAUAAGUCUACCACACCUAAUGGCACCAUUAAUAUCAGUGAGGUUGUCUGCCUGGCUAUACACAAAGAAGACUUCUAUUUAAGUACCGGGCCCAUCUUUACCUUUGAGAUCUAUUUACCCUCAGAAUGUGUGUUUUUAUUUGGAGCUGAAACAUCUCAAGCACAAAGAAAAUGGACAGAGGCAAUAGCCAAGCAUUUUGUUCCCUUUGUUGCUGAAAACUUAACAGAAGCUGACUAUGAUUUGGUUGGUCAACUCUACUACAAAGACUGUCAUGCCCUGGAUCAGUGGAGAAAAGGCUGGUUUGCUAUGGACAAAUCUACUUUGCGCUUUUGCCUUCAAAUGCAAGAAGCUCAGGAAGAUAGAAUGCACUUAAGAAGACUGCAAGAGCUAACAAUCAGCACAAUGGUUCAAAAUGGGGAAAAAUUGGAUGUCCUGCUCUUAGUAGAAAAAGGGAGAACAUUAUACAUCCAUGGACAUACCAAGUUGGAUUUCACAAUCUGGCGUACUGCAAUUGAAAAAGCAGCAGGUACAGAUGGUAAUGCAUUAGAAGAUCAGCAGCUCAGCAAAAACGACGUUCCCAUUAUCGUGAACAGCUGUGUAGCAUUUGUUACACAGUACGGUUUAGGAAGCAAAUAUAUCUAUCAAAAGAAUGGUGAUCCUUUGCACGUAAGUGAACUCCUGGAGAGUUUCAAAAAGGACGCACGAAGUUUUAAGCUGAGGGCUGGAAAACAUCAGCUUGAGGAUGUUACAGGCGUGUUGAAAAGUUUUCUCUCUGACAUUGACGAUGCACUUCUUACCAAGGAGCUCUAUCCAUAUUGGAUCUCUGCCUUAGAUACACAAGAUGACAAGGAAAGAAUUAAAAAGUACGGCACAUUUAUACGUUCUCUUCCAGUGGUCAAUCGAGCCACGCUGGCAGCUGUAAUUGAACACCUUUACAGGGUACAGAAAUGCUCAGAAAUCAAUCACAUGAAUGCUCAUAAUUUGGCCAUGGCCUUUUCAUCCUGUUUGUUUCAAACUAAAGGACAAACUAGUGAAGAAGUGAAUGUAAUCGAGGACUUAAUUAAUAAUUAUGUUGAAAUAUUUGAGGUUAAAGAAGACCAAGUCAAACAAAUGGACAUAGAGAAUAGCUUUAUUACCAAGUGGAAAGACACUCAAGUUUCACAGGCUGGAGAUUUGUUAGUUGAAGUGUAUGUUGAAAGGAAGGAACCUGAGUGUAGUAUUAUAAUUCCGAUAUCACCUAUAAUGGAAGCAGAAGAAUUGACUAACAAUAUAUUAGCGAUAAAAAAUAUCAUUCCUGAAAAAGGUGAUCUCUGGGCCACAUUUGAAGUCAUUGAAAAUGAAGAGCUAGAGCGCCCUCUUCACUACACAGAAAAUGUGUUGGAGCAGGUGCUUCGGUGGAGUUCAUUAGCCGAACCUGGCUCUGCUUAUCUCGUGGUGAAGCAAUUCUUAACCAUUGACACAAUCAGACACUACAGUGAGAGGAGCGCCCUGGAAAGUAUCAAAGACGGAGUUUUGAAAAUCAAAGAAGAACCAUCUAAAAUACUAUCUGGAAAUAAGUUUCAAGACCGGUAUUUUGUUUUACGAGAUGGGUACCUCUUUCUUUUCAAGGAUUUGAAGAGUAGUAAGCAUGACAAAAUGUUUUCUCUCAGUUCCAUGAAGUUUUAUCUUGGAGUGAAAAAGAAAAUGAAGCCCCCAACAAGUUGGGGGUUGACAGCAUAUUCCGAAAAACAUCAGUGGCAUCUGUGUUGUGAUAGCUUACAAACUCAGAUGGAGUGGAUGGCCAGUGUUUUUAUUGCCCAGCAUGAAAAUGAUAUAUGGCCACCAGCUGGAGAGGAAAGAAAACGCUCCAUAACCAAAAAUCCCAAAAUUGGAGGUUUGCCUUUGAUUCCCAUCCAGCAGGAGACAAAUACAACACUAGCCCGGAGAAAUAUUGAGAGUGCCAGAGCAGAACUUGAAAGGCUGAGGCUCAGUGCAAAGCAUGAUAAAGAGUCUGUGGACUCCAGCUUAAAGGAGAGAGCCACCAUUGUGGCCCACUGCCUGGAGCACAAGGAAGAUAAAGUUCGAAACCGAACCAGAAAGCACCGUAGUUUCAACUGCCUGGAGGACACAGGGGCUGAGGUCCCUCAUGGGCAACAAAAAUUCUAUAAAGGUGUAAAGACAUUGAGAAAGACUGAGGACAGAAAUAGUAAAGCUACUUUGGAUUCAGAUAAUAAAUUACCAUCAAAAGUAAUUGAAGAACUUAAUGUGGUCCUACAACGAACAAGAACACUUCCAAAAGAGUUUGAAGAUGAGCAGAUUUUGCAGAAAGAAAUAAAAUGAAUUUUCCCACAACUUAUGUUUUUUAAAUAUUGUAUAAAGUGUCCAUGUGCAAACCACAAACCAAACUAUAAAAUGAUCCUUGGUUUGUGAGAUGUCUCUAAAACAUUUAAAGAGCAUUUUAAAUAUUAUGUAUAUAUGUGAUAAGUGUAAGAUUAACUGUAUUUUGGUCUGAACAAAACUUGUAAAGUUCAACUGUUUAACCUUGUGUAAGAAGACAUUUGGUUACUUUGAGUAACCAACACUUUUAAAAUAGUUCACUAAGUGGUAUAAUUUAUGAGGAGAAAUCUCAAGUUGUACUGUAUUGUAUAAAAUAUUGUGUAUAAAUGAGGCCAUACAAAACUAUAUGUAACACAUUUUGCACUUUGAGAAACCUUGUAAAUUAAGUUACCAUAUGGUUUUAGGUUUACAUAGGGUCUAUCUUAGAGAAAAGAAAGGGAAGUAAGUUGAAAAACGGGAGGAUUUAUUUUAGUGGCUGCCUAACAACACUUGGGUUUUCAAAAGAGGCAAGGAGUUAAUAAAUGUCCUAAAAACCAAGGGGGUGAGUUAAGAUUGAUUCUAGUUCACUAUUGACCAAAACUUAUUAAUAGGAAGCUGCCUAUUAAGAAAAAGUCCAGUGCUUAUUUCCCAAGAGUAGUUUUCAGCCAACAGACAUGAAUAAUGGCACUGGCCAUUGUUGUUUAUGGCGUUAGUGAACAAGCUACAGUAUACAUUCACUACACUUCGGUUCUUUGGAGGUGGCUGCUAAGAAGAAACUUACACUGCAUUGGAGACGUUGUAUGGAAAGGACCUGGCACUGAUGCCCUUUGCACUGUUGCUAUACACAAGCAUUUUAGAGUCCCUAACUAUAUUACUUCUCGUAUGAACUAAAUUCAUCAUCACAGGGUUUUGUUGUUGUUGAUUUUUUUGUUGUUGUUAUUGUUUUAUUUUGUAUGUUUAUUUGCUGUUAUUUUAAGUAAGAAUGUCUUUCUCUGGAAUGUCAGAAUUAACGGAAAUAGCACAACAUGUGGCCAUUUCGUUUGGGGGGAUGCUUUACUCAUUUUGGGGCUUCUAGUUCACAUUUAGAGUCCCUGGAUGGUGCAAAUGGUUAAUAUGCUUGGCUGCUAGAUGAAAGGUUGGAGGUUCGAGUUCACCUGGAGGAAAAAGACCUCGUGAUCUACUUAAAAAAAUCAGCCACUGGAAACCUUAAGGAGCACAGUUCUAGUCUGACACCAAUGGGCUUUUCAUGAGUCAGCAUUCACUUGGACAGCAACUGGUGGUGGUGGUAGUUGAUUAAUUUAGAGCUUAAAAGAAAAAGUAGUAGUCUCCUGACUCUACCUAAUGAAUAAUGACUUUUGUUGUUAGUUGCUGUGGAGUCUCUUUUGAUUCAUGGUGACUAAACCCUAGUAGUUGAGCACGUAACCAUUUGUGCCACACAGGGAUUCUGAACAAUAACAGAGCCCCCUAUUUUUCACAUACAAAUCAGCCACCAAAUUAGUGAUUUUCCUAAGAGAGUACUAAUACUAGUUCAUGUCAGGGGCAGCACCUUUUAUUAUUUUCUUUCAAAUUUUAUUAGGUUUGGUGAGUUUGGGUAUUAAAAGUAUACUUUAGAAAGCUAAGGUUUAUUCCUUGCAUUUCUUUUUUCUCUCAGUUAUCAGAAUUCAUCUGUAUACAAAGACCUAUUGGCUACUAAAGUCAGCCCAGUGGUAGUAUAGUGAUAUGCUAUGAAGUUCUCCAUUAUAAAAUAACAAUCUUCUUAUAUUUGGUGGUGAUAAAAGAUAGCGUACCAUGGGGUAUGAUAUUUAUUCUUUAAAUCCAAAUAAAAGGAGGAAAAACUGGUCAGUUUAUGAAAUAGGUGGCACUAUUGGUACUACUGGGGAACCUUCAUUUAAAGCAGGAAAUCAUGGUAUUUAGGGAGAAAAACUAAACUAUUAUUUCUAAUAAUAUUUAUAUUUUUAUUAAGAAAGGGAGUGUAUGAGAAUUGAUUGACUAUUGGCCUGUUUGUGGGAAAGUACCUGAAGUUUUUAACCUGCCUCAUCUGAAUUUUUCUGAUACCUAAACUUAAAAUCUAACAGCUUGUGCUUCCCUUCCUUUCCUGUAUAAUUGUCUCCUUUUCUCAAGUGUAAGAUAUGGGUUAAUGAUGACAUAUAUUUUGAGUAAAAAUUAAAAUUGUUUUACAAGUCCA